AUGUCUUCAUCGGGAAUGAGCCCACAAAUACUUCUCGCAUGGCUCCGAGUUGUGGUUGGGGGAGACCACCAUGGGAUGACAUUACCAUUCACAACAACACAAACCCAUGCAAUAACAUCGCUAUCAAGACCGAUCUCGCUUGAAUCUUCUUGUUCAUCAUUGCUCUUGAUGAUGAAUAACAGCAAUACUCAUGACAAUACAACCCUAUCGGGAGGACUGAAUUGGGAACAAUUUCCGCAAGGAGUGUUGUCAUGUCUGACUUGUAUUGUUAGUUUGAUUUGGUUUUGUUGUAGCUUGAAAGGAAUUUUCAAAAAUCAGAUUAGUCUGCAAAGAAAAUUAUUUGUCAUGAUAUUUUGCUCGAGUUUUAUUCGAACAAUGCAAUCUCUGAUAUUUAAUCAGAUUUGUUUCAGACACAAUAGAGAUAAUCCAAUAUGCCCCUACAUUUCAAAAGUAUCUCAAAUUUUGGAUAUUUAUGCAAGCUCAAGUAAUUUUGUAAUCUAUCUCAUUCUCGGAUUGUACUGGGCUGAACAAUAUUUCACAAUGAAGAAAAUUCAAGAUGACACCAAUUAUGACAAUUCAGAGAGUGACACAAAUACCUAUUUUAUGAAAGUACGAAAGAUAUUGAACAUUGUUUUCUGGGUUCUUUCCGUGCUUUCUUUUCUGUUUGUUACCCCGUUUGCAAUUUUGAUUACUGUGUUGGAUCAUCACACUUUUGGGUAUGGGACUUGGAGUUAUCAAAUUUCACGACUGGUUAUUCGAUUGAUUUUGUCAUGGGGAAUUUGUGCCACACUUGUGGUUUUCGGACUACUUGUGUUUAGAUUGUACAAAAGACAAGAAGACACUUCAAUGGAGGAAUCAAGUCAAACGCGAAAGAAUAUUCAAAAAGUGGCUUUAAUUUCAAUUAUUUGUACUUCUGCAUACUUCUUCUUGUCAUGCACAAAUAUUGCGACAACUAUAGAAUGGGAAUGGUAUUCACGUUUCGAAUAUGCUUACGUUUUCUAUAUUAGUUUUGCAUUAAUUGAGCUUUUCGCAAAUGGUAUCCUUUUAGCCUUUCUUAUUCCAAAACCUGUGGCCAUGGCCAUUGGUAGGUGCUUUUCCUUAUCGUGCUGCGGUCAGGAAGAAAGUGAAAAAGCAAUUAUGCUCAGGAAUAAGCUGUUCUAUGACAACAUAAUUUCCUUGGAUGAAGAAACGUUUCAAGAAUACGUUUCCGAGCAGAAUGAUUUUGAAACUGACAUGUUACCUGAGGAAAGCCCUAUUAUCUACAACAGCAGCCUGUCAUCAUCGUAUGAUUCUCCAAUUUCAAAGAUGUAG